ACAAAUUAGGUUCUUUCUCUGAUACCAUAUAUGUUCAUAUAAUUAUUCCAUUAGAUUUCUGCAAAAACCCUUAUCGAUUACAAGGGCGAACGCUUUCCGCCUCAUCCAACAGCGCAAAAAUCUCGGGGAAAAUCGGGUUUUCUAUUUUCCAGUUGACUGUGGUACAUCUGAAAUGAUAUCCGUGCUGUUCGUCGCAGUUGCUGUGCUAUAACAUAACAGUGUGAUUCGAUUGAAGAGAAGUUGGAGACAAAAAUAUGGCAUCUUCUGAUGAUGAAGGCGACGUAGUAACAACCACUGUGUCUGAUUAUGAAUUUACCGGUGGUGUUGAUGAGGAAUCGAUUUCAUUUGCUAAGUUACCUGUGGAGUGGAGUGAAGGCAACACUGGUGAUGGAAAGCAACUACAGAUAUACUUGCGCGGAAAAACAGAUAACGGGCUUCGCACAAUUUAUGUCCAGGUUACCGCUUGGAAGUUUAAUCUCCUAAAGGGGAAGCCCGAGAUCUCAGUGUUGCAAGCGCAGGGUAGUUGGAUCAAGCUUCUGAAGCCAUGGAAACCUUAUUACGACAUAAUCAGAACGGCUCUGGUCACAGUAUAUGCUUUACACUUUGCUAAGUGGAAUCCUCAGCGGUCACAAAAAGCUUUGUGGGAUAAUCUUAAAGAUACUUUAAGCAUGUUUGAGAGAAUGCCCUGUGUGGAUGAUCUGGCAGAUCAUGUACCAUUAAUUACAGAAUCCAUUAAGUGGGAUACAGAAUUGGAAAAUUCCAAGCUUUUGAGUGCAUUCCUUGCGGAAAAACCUUGGGAGAAGAAAACUUCCAUUGAGAAUGUAAGGCAUUCCUUCAUAGUUGAUGAUAUCAAUUGGAAGGAGGAUCAAGGGGACUCUGAAGAGGCUGAUAAAAGUGAAGAUAGUGAGCCUGAGGAGGGGGACAAGGCUGAUGAAAAUGAUGAUAGUGACUCCAAUGAGAGUGACUGUUUUGAUUCUGUGUGUGCAUUCUGCGAUAACGGCGGUGAUUUAUUAAUUUGUGAUGGCAAGUGCAUGAGGUCAUUCCAUGCAACAGUUAAAGAUGGUGAGGAGUCCCAAUGUUUAUCUCUGGGGUUUACUAAGGCAGAACUAAAAGCGAUAAAAAAUGUUCCUUUUAUUUGUGAUCAUUGCAAGUAUAAGAAACACCAAUGCUUUGCAUGUGGAAAAUUGGGAUCUUCUGAUGAAUUAUCCAAUCCUGAGGUAUUUUGUUGUGUUAAUGGAGCUUGUGGGUACUUCUAUCAUCCGCAUUGUGUAGCUACUCUUCUCCAUCCCGGGGAUGAUGCUGCAACUGAAGAACUAGAGAAAAGAAUUGCAAAUGGGGAACCAUUUGCAUGUCCUAUUCACAAAUGCCAUGUUUGUAAGGAAUUAGAAUUGAGGUCGACCCACGAAAUGCAGUUUGCUGUGUGCCGUCGCUGUCCAAAGGCAUAUCAUAGAAAAUGUUUACCAAGUGAUAUUAGAUCUGAAGAUGAUUCUGAGAAUGAGAUUGUCCAAAGAGCGUGGGAGGGUCUGAUACCUAAGCGCCUAUUGAUUUACUGCUUAGCUCAUGAUAUCGACAAAGCUAUUAUGACACCUCUUAGAGACCAUAUAGUAUUCCCUGGCUCUCGACAAGAGAAAAAGAAAAUGCUCGAGUUGGAAUCCAGUCAAUUUAAGCGUCUACCAAAGGGAAAAGGUUUAGCUUUCAAAGACAAUGCAGGGAAUAGAAUUUCUGAAAAACAACAAAAAGGGAAUGGGGCAAAAGGUGUUGGUCUAUCUAGAAAAAGAUUGAAGGAGCUUCCUACCCCAUCUUCUAAAAAGCAGAAAUUAGCCAAUACAAGAACUUAUCAGCGACAGUUUAAGCGAUCUUUAAAUGAUGAAGGAAGAAUACCUUCAGUUGACAGGUCAUAUGCCACCUUUUCAGAUACAGAAUCUGAGCCUCUGAAUCCACGCAGUGUGGCUACUGGACAUGCCGAGAAUACUAAGGAGGUCAAGCCAAAUGGGAAAACAACAGAUAAUACUUUCACUCUGGAUGCUGAUGCUAAAAGAAGAGUAUUGACUUUGAUGAAAGCUGCAUCAUCUUCAGUGAAACUUGUAGACGUUAAAAGAAGGCAUAAACCACCAUCACAAGCCCUGUAUUCAAGAUUUUCUACGGAUAAUGUAACAAUGGGGAAGGUGGAAGGCUCUGUUCAGGCUGUGCAUGCUGCACUCAAGAAAUUGGAUGAAGGCAAUGUCCGAGAUGCUAAAGCAGUUUGUGGGGAGGAGCUUCUUCAGCAGGUGUUAAAAUGGAAGGAAAAGCUGAAAAUUUAUCUUGCUCCAUUCCUACAUGGCAUGCGCUAUACAUCCUUUGGUCGCCAUUUCACCAAAAUAGAUAAACUGAAGGAUAUAGCUGAUAUACUCCGUUGGUAUGUUCAAGAUGGUGAUAUGCUAGUUGAUUUUUGCUGUGGUUCAAAUGACUUCAGCUGCCUUAUCAAAGAGAAGCUUGAUGAGAUGGGGAGGGUAUGCUCAUUCAAAAACUAUGACAUCCUACAAGCUAAGAAUGAUUAUAAUUUUGAGCGAAGAGAUUGGAUGGGCGUUAAAAAAGAAGAGCUGCCAGAUGGGUCGAAGUUGAUCAUGGGGCUGAACCCACCAUUUGGAGUGAAUGCUGCACUUGCUAACAAAUUUAUUAGUAAGGCUCUUGAAUUCAACCCAAAACUAUUAAUUCUGAUCGUUCCUCGAGAGACACAACGGUUAGAUGAAAAAGUACCUCCAUAUGAUCUGAUUUGGGAAGAUGAUCAGAUGCUUGCUGGCAAAUCAUUUUAUCUACCCGGGUCUGUUGAUGUAAAUAACAAACAAAUUGAGGAUUGGAACAUUAGCGCACCAGUGCUUUAUCUCUGGAGUAGUCGUGCCUGGACCAACAAACACAAGGCUAUUGCUGAAAGUCACAGCCACCAUUCUGGUGCUUUGAAGAACUGUAGAUUGGAUACGAAUCACAAUGAGCCGCACACCACUAACUCAGGACAGGUAUUUCAUGGUAAAUCUUCUUCUGCAAGAGGCGAAGAUAAACCUGCAGAUACACCUAAAACCCUGGGGCAGAAUACUGAGGAGAUUGCUCUAUGCCAUGGGGAAGUCUUGGACAACGAAACUGUAAGCCACUCGGAAGGUUUGCCUGGUGAUAUCAACAGCACAUUUAAAGAACUGGAACAGAAGGAGGAGAAUAUCAGCCACAGGGAUGAUUUGCCACACGAUAUCAACAGCUCAUUUAGAAACCUGGAGCAGAAGGAGAAGGCAACUAUAAGCCACAGCAAUAGUUUUUCACGCAAUUUCAACAGCUCAUCUACAAACCUGGAUAAGAAGGAGAGGAAGACUAUCAGCCACAAGGAUGAUUUGCCACACAGCAGGGGAGUGGGUAAACGUCACGCUGCAGUGAAGAAUCAUUCCGAGACAAGUCGCAAUAGUGUUGGGGGGAGAGAAGACAAGAAAAGAUCACCAAGUAACAUGUUUCCGAAGGACAGGUCAUCUGGCAAGCUUAAAGUGCCUCGCCAUCUGUCACCAGAUGUGAGUACUCGUUUGCGACCUUAUCCAACUGAGAGUCGUGAAACUACACCACAGGUUCUUUCUGAAAGAGGUGAGCGUCAUCAAGUUGCACGGGUUCCUCUUGAACGGGGUGACCGUUGGCAGAGUAGACAAGUAGCUGGAAGGGAUGACCAUCGUCAGCAGCAGUUGAGUCAGGGCAAGUUCCCAACACCCCAGUCUUACUCUCAAGUAAAAGAUAGUGUGGAAGUGAGUGAUUUGUUGAAGAAGUACGGUGCUGAGGAACUUCAGCAUGGUAUGCGUGUUGAACAGGCUUACGACGCACAUCGCCUUCCUCAAGGGCAGGCAUACAACCCACAUCACCCUCCCCAACAUGAUAUUAGUGGCGGACAGGCAUACACUCAUCGCCUUCCUCAACAUGGUAUGAGUGGCGGACAGAUACAUGAUGCGCAUCAACCUCAUCAACGUGUAUAUGAUUGGAGAAGCAGCCAGGGUUAUGCUUCUCCAGCCGCAUCUGUUCAAUCCAUGGGUUCUCCUGCUCCUCCUUUCACAUCUUACUCUGGGGAUGUUCGAUCCAUAGGCUCUCCGGCUCUCCCUUAUACAUCUUACCCGGGAGAAAUGAAUGUCCGGAGUCAAGAAAGUGCAGUUCCUCCUUACCAGCAUCAGUACGGACUAGCAGGUGCCUCCUCAUCAAGUUAUGGGGAGAUGAGAGCGCCCGCAGCGCAGCGAUAUGCAGCUCGGUUACAUGAGCCCCAUCAUGCAAGGAUGGACCCGACGCCUCCUCCGAAUCAAGGCCCUUUAGGUUUUGCUCAAGGUCCGUACUAUCCUCACAACACUAACUCGGGCUGGCUUCGUGACUAACUCAUUACUGGAUAACCUUUUAAAUAGUGUCAAACUUUUUUACUUACGUUUUUUAAUUAAUUAAUGUUGUCGAUAAAACAUGCGUUGUGGAGCUUGCAGUUUGACUGCUCAACUUUUGGGUUGUGAUUUGAGAUAAUGAUUUCAACUUUGCAUUGUGGUUUUC